AGCACGCGGCCGGGUGCAGCACCGCGGGUGAGCGCUAUCUUCACCUGACCGCACACCACAGCACGCGACAGCGAUGCGGGCAGCUGCUGCGCGUGACGGUCGCCCACCGCUGAUCGUCCAUCUCACGCGCUCCCCGCCCCGGUGUAACAGCCAGCAGCAUCAGCAGUAGCACCGAGUCCACUUGACGAAAAGCUCCGCCGAUGCUGUAAUACCCUCCUCCACCUCCUCGACCCCCCGUGACCGCCGCCAUGGACGGCCGCGACGUCUCCCGUCAAGCUUCCACCGCCUCAUCUCAACCCUCAGACAGGAUGACGUCCGCCAGCGAGUCGUGGUCAUUCGCAGAGUCGCCUACCACCAGCACCAAUCUGUCUCGCUCCAUCUUCGGAUCAAGCAGCAGCAGCAACCCACAUGCACCCUCUGCCACCCUCGAUCACGAACGUGUCCAGCCCGUUUCAGAGCAGCAACAACCACUGGCUUCGCUCCAGCCGCCGCCAGUCAUGAAAGAGCAGCAGUAUGAGGCAGACGCACGACUGGGCGCUCGUCGUCUGCCACGAGUGGAGAAGGAUGUGGACGAUGUGAACAUCCCGCCGUCUUCUUCCUCGCGAGGCAUGCACGGCAGAGCUGCUUCGAAUACCUUGACCACCUUGAGCAGGCUAUUCGCUGUGCAGGCCGCGACCUCGCCUGGAAGCUCAAGACAAGCCUCGUAUACAAUGCCGCCCAGAUACCCUUCUACAUAUGUUAGAUCCAUGCAUGGUGACGGGGCGGCCGCCCUUCCAGAGCACCUGUACUCUCGCGGUCUACUCUCCGGCCGGCAUUCAGACAUCACCGUUCACGCGUUUGGGCAUGAGUACAAGCUACAUCGACUAAUCCUAGAUCGAGCCCCCUUCUUUUCGAGUGCACUGUCUCCGCCCUGGCUAGAAGCAAACGCAAAGGAGAUGAAGGUACAUCCAGAAGAUAUCGACCCAUCCAUCACACAAACGGCAUUUGAGCUGGCUCUCAAGCGUCUGUACGGCUGCUGUAACAUUGCCGAGGAAGAUCAAGACCCCGUUGGUCUGUUUGCGACCGGAUGCUGGCUUGAAAUGCAAGACCUGGUCGACUCAGCGAUCGAAUCUAUGCUUCGACAAAUGACCAACGAGACUUUGUCUCCGCUCAUCAGACUUGUGACCUCAAAUUACUAUGGGAGAGCUGGAGACAAAGUGCUCGCCAGCGCCAAGUCAAUGCUUUGCAGAGACGGCUGGAAGAUGCCACUGCGUUUCUGGGAUGGCAUACCAGGUGAUAUCAUCCGCGAAAUUGUGGGAGGAGAUGGCUUUUUCAUCGAUGGCGAAUUCGAUCGAUGGGUGUUGUCCAAGCGCCUCUUGGAUCGCCGGCUGCGACAGCAAGCCAUUGCAGCAGGCCUGUUUGAGCCUGGGAACCGCCGCAAAGUCCUCAAGGUACCAGAGAGCGCCAGCUUAAUGGCCGUACGCUUCGAUGGCUUAUACCGCAAAGGUGACGGCGGCUACAGUCGAGGCGUACCGGACGCGCUGCAGAAGUGGAUCGCCUUGUACACGCACCCCGAAGUCGAGCCUCUCUUAGUCCUGGUCGAUGAAGGCAUCCACUACCUGCACCUUGACUUCGAGCAAUUACAAUACAUCCGUAGCGCUAAGGAUUGCUUAGGACUUCCCAUCAUGUCAGAAAAGGUGAUUAGCAAUGCGUUGUGGCAGCAGAUGGAGCUGCGUCAAAAAGUUAUGAACGCCAGAGAGGCCGAGCUGGAUCUUGGUCUGAGUGUCGAAUGUACGGAAGACGCUGUCCAGACCACUAACAGAGACACGACCAUGUCGAUACAUGCCAGCUCCGGCACGGACCGAUCUACGGGCAAGCGAAAAGCAGUAGACGUGGAGCAUACAGCAGUCGAAGAGGACAUUGACAGCGGCUCCUGGGACGGCAAUGGAAGACCGCGUAAGUUUUGGAUACCAAGCUCAGACUGUAACAUCGUGAUGGGUGGUAAUGCUGAGCCCAUCAUCGCCACUUCGAACACCUCCACGAUCCAACGCCAUGCAAGCAGGUUGAGUGCCACCAUUCAGCCGGAGGACGUCCAGUGGGCAGCCGACUUCAGUGCCGUGACGUCCCAGCCACGUCCUCCGUUGACGCUUGACACAACACAGAUGCAACCAGAACCAUCGACAGUCAGCUAUACUCACUUUCCGCCAUUCCGGUUCUCUGCAGAGUUCCCAAACCCCAGGCUACUCAAAGACAAGAAGCGUGUCUACAGCAGGACUGUGUUCUACGCGGGGAGUCUUUGGAACAUAUACAUACAGAAAGUGGCAUCCUCGCGCAGCAAGCAGCUUGGCGUGUAUCUACACAGAGCCAAAGAACGUGAGACUGAGGAAGUAAUUGCUGGCACAGCUGGUCUAGCACAAGGCAGUGUCGAUGAGCGUAUAGGCCAGCUGGAACGGGAAAUGAUUCUGCGAAGUGAACGUAGAGAGCGCAGACAGCGAAGACGCACCACUGUUGCACCCAACGACAUCGACGGAGAUGAUAUGGACAGCAGUGGUAGUGUCGGCAUUGAUGAUGGCAACGAGACAUUGGGACUAGGAAGCAGCGUCAGCAGGCCGAUUGCUACCCGCAGCCUAUUGAGCUACAGGAACCGGAAGAGGAGCCAGACCGAUGCUGUUGGCAAUUCUCCGCCAGACGCAAGCUCGAACGACAUCCCCACUUCACAGGAAGAAGACCAUCCCAACAUCGAUGAUGAUGACGACUUCUUCGACAAUCAUGACUCUGAGUCCGAACGCCUUGCGGCAGCCGCAUCAAGGUUCCAUGUUCCCACUUUACCACCCUACGUCGAUGCUAGACCGACCAUUCGAACAUAUUUCAAAAUCUACAGCCCUAGCCGAGGCGGCAGAAUGCUUAGUGUAUACGAGUCUGCGCCUGAUAAGUUCAACUUCUCCCAAUCAUGGGGUUGGAAGAGCAGUACUUUGAUGCUUGACGAGGGACUUCUAGAUGGCGAUGAAGACGAUCGCAAGGACGACUUGCUCGAUGAUUCACAGCGCGAACGAGAGGGAAGAAGGCCAGCUAUGAAGGGAAAGGGAGACGGCAAGUUGAGAUUCAUGGUUGUAAUUGGCAAUAUCUGAUCAUGCGGGCAUGAUUGUGCUGUUUUAGAUAAUGACUGAUGACUUGAUGAAGCGCGGAUAUGGAUCGUUCUUAAGGGCCAUGUUUUGCUUGGCGCAGCAAGAUGUGAACAAACUACUGAAGCUGCAGCCGCUACAAUGAGACCUGCUCAGUUAUAGCCAUUGGCAUUGGCAUACUAAGAAUGUGUACACGGGGGAUGAUCUGCCGCGGGUGCCUUGUCAUACUCGCACGCUAAGUAAUUCUAACAAGUUUUCCAGCGCAUGGAAGGCUAUGACGCAGAGUGCUCUGGUAUGUUGGGUUCAAGUUAUCAAAGGCCGUGCUGCAAGAGUACAGCUGACAUUUGCCUUUCCAUGCUCUGGAUGUUGGCCUGAGGCAAUUGUUCUCAUGAUCAACAUUGCGACCCCACUUGCUUCCCCCUCUUCACACUCUUCACACUAAUUUUCCACAGUCACCAACAAAAGCAGCUUGCUUUACUUCGACAAGAGCGGAAUUGAAAC